CGGAGCUUCGCUGCUGUACUUAAAGCGUUCGAGGCCCACCUGUUCAUAACCUUUAGCAGGAUAUCAGCGCUGUUCCACCGACCGAACACAAGGCUUACUCAUCUCUACCUCGGGCUUUGCCCCUGCCACCUGCUCUGCCGCUCUGCCGCAAAGGAUCUGGAGCACUCAUAUACGCCAAGAAUUUUCGACUCCCCAUGGUUCGACCGGCAAUGCCCAUCGCCCCCUCUUUAUGCUUCACCAACGACAUCAUAAAGCAGAGCCGCAUCUUUCAGUCCCCAUAUUUGUCGACCAUGUCUCGCCGAUCACUCCGUAGCGGUACUUCCUGGCUUAAUGGAUGUUGGCGACGGUCUGAUCACACGGAAGAUCCGUUCCGCGUUGCUGGUUUGGGGUGCAGCCUCCGACCCGAUCACUUCAUUUGUGGGCGCAACUGGUGGGCGUCUGUUGGUUGGCAGGCCCGAACGGAGACCACAUGCAACACUGUAACGCUAGCCGCCGGCGGGUCUCUCGGCCGAUAUACCGUAUUGCUUUUACUUAAUUCGAGCUGGCAGCUGUCACAGCUGGACAGAAUCGCCAUCCUGGACUCGUACGCCCACGCCUACAAGCAUUCCAAAAACAGCGUACCCAUUACCACGCCCCUACCGCUGCGGGUACGGCUCCUAAGGUCCUGAGCGCCCUCCUAGCAAACGAUACAUUGUCAUGGAAAACGCAGAAUGGU